CACGGCGAGAAGGGCGGAGGCAGGGCCGGGGAUCGCCGCCGCUUUAUAAGCCUCCAUGCGCGCCGGCGGUGGCCACUGGACCCCUCUGCUCGGGAGCUCGUCCUACCCUGCCGGGGAGGCCGAGGCACGCCAUGCCUGCCCUGCUGUGGCUGCUGCUGGCUCUCCCGCAACUGGCGGCCCCUUUGCGGUGGGACACGUCUCCGUUCAUCAUCUCGGAGAGCGAGCGAGGAGAAGCAGCGCCGUGCCUGGUGGAAUGUCCGCGGGAGAGAGGGCGACCCAUCUGCGCCUCUGACGGGAAGCUCUACAAAUCUCCGUGCGCUUUCCAGAGAGCGCGUUGCCGCGAACCUUUCUUGGAGGCUUUGCCACGGUCCCACUGCGGCGGAGGUGCCCACCGAGAACCCAACAAUGCCAAUCUUACCCGCUGCCAGGAGGACCGAGCCACCGCCCUCUCGCAGUCCCGCCGCCAGGCACACGCCACCUAUAUUCCAGAGUGCGAUGAAGAUGGAUCCUUCUUGCAGGUUCAGUGCCACAAACAGACCGGCUAUUGCUGGUGCUCCUCUCCAGAAGGGAAACCCAUCAGCGGAACUUCAGUCCUUAAUGAAACUCCAAACUGCACAGGUUCCUACACGGUACGGACUUUGUGGCAAGAUUCCAACUCCUCUCGGAGAGAAGAAGGUGCCCGGCCUCUGCCCACCCAGCCAAGCCCCCUGCCCCACAAACAGGAAGAGGGAACCUCCCUGCCUUUCCUAAUCCCCAUCAUCGUCCCAGACUUCAAGCCCAGCCGCAUGACGAAGCAAAACCAAGCUACACUCCCUGCAGAAUACCCGCCGCCGUCGUGUGAGCAGGAACGGCGUGAAGCCAUCGAGGAGGCCCAGCAGCACCAACAGGAGGGCACCUUCGUCCCCGAAUGCGAGCCCGACGGCACGUACAAGAUGGUGCAGUGCCACCAAGCCACGGGGUAUUGCUGGUGCGUGCGGGUGGACACCGGCCGACCCGUCCCGGGCACCUCCGCGCGGAAUUUCCCUCCAGACUGUGGAACUGACACAGCAGCCAAAACGACAGAAGUGGGCUCACUGUUCCGAGAUCGUACACUGCAAGGUUGUCCCGGCACCAAGAAGGCUGAAUUCAUCUCCAACCUGAUCAAAGCCUUAGCUUCAGAUAUGCUGCAGUCAAGAAUGAUGCCCGCCCCGUACCGCAGGUUUCCGGACCGCUUGACGGGGCGCAGCCUGGAGGAGCGGGUGGUCCGCUGGCAGUUCGUACGGCUGGACAAGGACUUCAGCAACAGCAUCAGCGAGCGCGAGCUCCGGCCCCUCAAGCUGUACAUGAAGAAGCACACCCGGCCCAAGCGCUGCGUCCGGAAAUUCCUCGACUACUGUGACCUGGACGACGACCGGCUCAUCUCCCUGAACGAGCUCAGAGGCUGCCUAGGACUCAGUUAACGCCAGGGUUUCUCUUGCCACAUGGAACAAUGAAUGGCGCCUUCCUUCCUCCAGCACCCUAGGGGGCGCUCUACCCCCCUCUCCAAGCACUGCAUUCCCACCUCUGUUUGCAGACUUUUUGCACUUUAAAGAGACCGGACGGGACUUUCUGCCAAGAAAGUUGAUGCUGGGUGAAACUUGGCCAUUUUGAGGGGGGGGGGGGCGGGGGAAACACGCCAGCUGCUGGUCGACCUCCAAUUUGCCCUCUUUUUUGCUUAAAAAAAUCAGUAGAUCUAAAAGGCACGAAACAGCUAUAUUUACAUAUAUUUUGAAAAAUAAAUAUUCUAGUCUUUGCUUUAUUUUUACUGUGUAAUUUUAAAGGGGAUAAUAUGAAUGUAAGGGGACUUUCUUGUGCGAGGGUUCAUUUUAAAAAAAUUGGUGUUAAUGGCUCUGCCUUAAAAUAAGUGGGAUUAUAAAAUGGUUUUAAAUGGUUUUAAUGGAUUUUAGCAAAAUGGUCACUAUUGUGACCCUUGUUACAUAUUGUAUACAUAUUGAUAUUGUUGUGCACC